AUGAUGAAGUCCUCUGUACAUACAGAAGAAGAUGACUUUGUGCCAGAGCUUCAGAGAAGCAUCCACCCCAGAGAGAGGCCAGACUGGGAGGAGACUCUCAGCGCUAUGGCAAGAGGUGCAGAUAUCCCUGACAUUCCAGGGGAGUUGCCUCUCCGGACCUGUGGCAGCACAGCAAGUAUGAAAGUGAAGAAUGUAAAAAAGUUAUCCUUUACAAAGGGUCAUUUCCCGAAGAUGGCCGAAUGUGCACAUUUCCAUUAUGAAAACGUGGACUUUGGCAACAUACAGCUUUCCCUCCCGGAGGAGCAGAAUGAAGUAACGAGGAACGGCUGCGAAUCCAAGGAGCUGGUCUACCUUGUACAGAUCUCUUGUCAGGGGAGGAGCUGGAUCGUGAAGCGGAGCUAUGAGGAUUUCAGGGUGCUGGACAAACACCUUCACCUCUGCAUCUAUGACCGGCGCUUCUCGCAGCUCUCGGAGCUGCCCCGCUCCGAUGCCCUGAGGGACAGCCCGGAGCUUGUCACCCAGAUGCUGAUGGCUUACCUGUCCCGGCUCUCAGCCAUUGCAGGCAACAAGAUCAACUGUGGGCCUGCUCUCACAUGGAUGGAGAUUGAUAACAAGGGGAAUCACCUGCUAGUCCAUGAGGAAUCAUCCAUUAACGUUCCUGCUAUUGCUGCUGCCCAUGUUAUUAAGAGAUACAUUGCUCAAGCAGCAGACGAGCUGUCCUUUGAGGUGGGAGACAUAGUGUCUGUUAUUGAUAUGCCCCCGAAGGAGCUGACCACGUGGUGGAGAGGGAAACAUGGAUUUCAGGUUGGAUUUUUCCCUAGUGAGUGUGUUGAACUAAUUAAUGACAAAGUUCCUCAGUCCGUGACCAAUUCUGUGCCAAAACCAGUGUCCAAAAAACACGGCAAGCUCAUCACCUUCCUCCGGACAUUCAUGAAGUCGCGCCCAACAAAACAGAAGCUGAAGCAGCGGGGGAUCCUGAAGGAAAGGGUGUUUGGCUGUGACCUGGGAGAGCAUCUUCUCAACUCUGGCCAUGAUGUCCCCCAGGUCCUCAAGAGCUGCACAGAGUUCAUUGAGAAGCACGGCAUCGUGGACGGGAUCUACCGCCUGUCCGGGAUCGCCUCCAACAUCCAGAAGCUCCGCCACGAGUUUGACUCAGAGCAGAUUCCUGACUUGACAAAGGACAUUUACAUCCAGGACAUUCACUGCGUGGGCUCCCUCUGCAAACUCUACUUCCGUGAGCUCCCCAACCCUCUGCUGACCUACCAACUCUACGAGAAGUUCUCAGAUGCUGUUUCUGCUGCUACUGAUGAAGAACGGUUGGUGAAAAUCCACGAUGUCAUCCAGCAGCUGCCCCCUCCCCACUACAGGACACUGGAGUUCCUAAUGAGACACUUAGCUCGUCUAGCUGAUUACUGCUCCAUCACAAAUAUGCACACUAAGAACUUAGCAAUUGUCUGGGCUCCAAACCUCCUAAGGUCAAAGCAGAUUGAGUCUGCCUGCUUCAGUGGGACAGCUGCCUUCAUGGAGGUGAGAAUCCAGUCAGUAGUUGUGGAAUUCAUCCUGAACCACGUGGAUGUCCUCUUCAGUUCCAAGCUCAGCUCAGUCAUACGGGAUGGAGCAGGGCACAGUUCUUUAUCACGGCCCAAGUCUCUGUUGGUGUCCUCUCCUUCCACAAAGCUGCUCACACUGGAGGAGGCACAGGCACGGACACAAGCCCAGAUCAACUCUCCCAUCGUGGCAGACAGCAAAUACAUAGAAGUGGGAGAAGGCCCUGCAGCUUUACAGGGGAAAUUCCACACAGUCAUAGACUUCCCAUCUGAAAGAAAAAGGCCACCCAGCAAGAUGAAGAAGUCACCAGUGGGCAGCUGGCGUUCCUUCUUCAACCUGGGAAAAUCAUCAUCCGUCUCCAAGCGCAAACUGCAGCGUAACCCCAGCGAGCCCUCCGAGAUGAAAGCCAUAGCCCUGGCAGGGGGCCGAGGAGACAGCGGGACCCUGCGCUCAGCUAAAAGUGAGGAGUCCCUGACCUCUCUGCACGCUGUGGAUGGUGAACCUAAACUGUUCAGACCCAGGAGACCAAGGUCCAGCAGUGAUGCUCUCUCUGCUUCCUUCAACGGGGAGCUCCUGGGAAACAUCCGCUGCAAUUCUUACGACAACCUUCCCCACGAGGACAGCGACGGGGACGAGGGGCUGAUCCACGUUCCUGCCCUGAUUUCUCCUCGAUCUGCUGAGGACGUCGACCUGAGCCCGCCGGAUAUCGGUGUCGCUAGCCUGGAUUUUGACCCCAUGUCCUUUCAGUGCAGCCCACCCCAAGCAGAGUCCGAGUGCCUGGAUAGCAGCACCUCCCUGCUGGAGUCAGUUGGCAUAAAUAAGGAGAAGCCAAGCCUACUCAAGAAGGAUUUAGAGUCAGGCAGCCAGUCCCAGACACCAGGCAGUGCCACAAGCUCUGAGCCAGUCUCCCCUUUCCAAGAGAAGAUGAGUCCCUUCUUUACCCUAGACCUGAGCCCAACUGAGGAGAAGGCCUGCAAACCCCCAACCUUCUCUCCCAAGCUGGGGAGGAAGCCCAUCAAAUCUCCACCGACUGCAGCAGAACCCGUCUCCUUCGUGCUGCCCAGCCGCAUGUCAGAAGGGAUUGGAGGAGUGUCCAUCACAUCCAGAAACUCCUCUGCUUCCAGCUGGAGCAAAGGAACUGGCAUCACCGAAAUCACAAACAGGUCCCCAACCCAGAUGUCCUUGCCCCUGAAAAACAGUGAAUCAGAAGCAGGGGAAGGAGCCCACCAAGAGCUGCAGCAUGCCCAGCUGCUGGCUGCUGGCAAACCAGAGUUGCCAGAAGAAGGGGAGAGACCAAUGUCAAGCAGUCAGAAUAAGACUGUACCCACUGGACACACACAGCCAGGAGCAGUUGCCCUCGACUCCCCCCAGGAUCCUGUUCCCGUCAGUUCUGUGUCUCUUAUCCCUCCUCCUCCUCCGAAAAACGCGGCGCGCAUGCUAGCCCUAGCGUUAGCCGAGUCCGCGCAGCAGGCGUCCGCUCAGGCUCAGAAAAGGCCAGGAGAUGCUCCCUCUGAAAGCACAAAUUAUGGAGAGACGGAAGCUGGCACAGCUCUAGAAAAGCUCCAUCUCUCUGCUGGUGCUCCAGACAAGCUCCACCACUAUACUGCUCUGCCCGAGAACCGACUUCACUUCCAGCCUGGUGCACCAGUAGAGCAGGAUUUCCAAGGUAGCAGCACACCCGGGGAGCAGAACCACCCGCCCGGUGCGCCUGGAAACCGGGACCCCCCACCUCUCCACACUGGCAUGCCUGGGGACAUGCCUGGUAGCAGAGAUGCAGAGCAGGAGCAGUCCAGCUUCCACCCUGGUCAAGCGGGGGACAAAGAUCCCUUCCCCUGCCACGCUGGGGACUGGGAGCACACAGCCCAGCACCCUGCAGGUGUGCUGCCUGACUGGGAGCCACCCGCAGCAGACGUGUCGGUAGAUAAGCCCCACCUCCGUGCGUGCGUGUCUGGGGACAAGCACCAGGUUUGGGGCACAACCACACCUGAAAAGCCACCUGAGCCUGCUCCUGGUUUUGUCCCAGAAAGCACCUGCAGCUCCCGCUGCUCCUCCUCUCCGGCUCCCGUGCAUCAGUACCGGCCCGAGAGCGUUCCUCCCCACCUCUCCUACCACAGCAAGCCUGACCAGCACCAAGCCUACCCCCCUCGCUCCGAGACCCCCGCUUCCGCGGGCACUCGCUACAACACCUACACCACCCAGGGGAAGAGCAGCUCAGCUCUCCACUCCAAGCCUCGCAGCAGGACAGAGUUUGUGUCCUCGGUGAGCCCCACGGGCCCCCGCAACGCCAGCUACACCGAGGAGGCCCCCCCUUACCCCACCAUCCGCAGGGUCCAGUCGCUGCACGUCCCCACCCCCGCUGCCUCCACCAUCCGCUCCGUCCCCAUUUCCCGCACCGAGGUACCUCCGGACGACGAGCCCGUAUACUGCCCGCGGCCCCUCUACCAGUACAAGCCAUACCAGCCCCACUCCGACUACCACGUCACCCAGCUGCAGCCUUACUUUGAGAACGGGCGGGUCCAUUACCGCUACAGCCCUUACUCCAGCUCUUCCGGAUCCUCUUACUACACCACUGCCGAUGGGGGCUUUUAUGACCUGGACCCCUACAGCACCGUGAGGGUCAGGCCUUUCCACCCCCUGCCCACCAGGGACUUCCCAGCCUACGCCUCGCGGCUGCAGAGCAAAGGUCUGUACCGCUACCCCAGCCUGUCCGCCUACCCUCGGGGCGGCCUCAUCGGGCACCUGGCAGGCAAGGAGCACAGCUUCGUCAGCAGGGACGUGCCCCCCGCCCCGGACGUCAAGCACAUGUACAUGUCGUGGGACCUGGAGGACAUGGAGAAGUUCCGCAUGCAGUCCAUCCGCCGGGAGAGCCGCACGCGCCAGAAGGUGAAAGGGCCGCUGAUGUCCCAGUACGACAACGUGGCCCCGCUGCUGCCGGAGGAGCUGGGAGGGCUGGAUGUGAUUCACCUGCGCAGCAAAUCGGAUCCUGGGAAAACUGGGCUCCUGACCGUGGCCGAAGGCAAGGAGGGGAGGUACCCGGCCAAAGCGGGCACGCCCGAGGGGGACGAGCGUUACUACGUGCAGCACCCCGAGCCGGAGCCGGACAGAGCCCACUACCACGGGGCCUACGGGAACGGGCAGGCGGAGAAGCCGUCCCUUCCCCAGAAGCAGAGCAGCAUCCGGAGCAGGAAGCUGCACGAGCCAGGCUGCAGCACCGCCGAGCACAGGACGCACUUGCAGCAGGAAGCCAGCCACAGGCAGCCUUCCGAGCCCAAGAACGGGCCCCCUUACCCCGACUACCGGCCCAAAGGUGGCCCAGAGCCCUCCGAGCCCAUCGGGUACCAGCACUCGGGCGGGAAGUACAUCCCAGCAAACCAGGACACCCUGAGGCUGAACCACAAGGAGAUGAGGUUGGCAGAGGACAGGGCAGAUUUGGAGAGGUCUCGAGCCAGGCCGACCACAUCCAUGGAGAAACACUCCAGAGACUGCUACAAAGAGGAGGAACACGCCGCCUCCCCCAUGGCACCACCCCCCAAGCCCGAACGGAGCCACAGCCUCAGAAUGCAGCACCCCGAAUCCAUGGAGAGGGACUCUGCCCUCCUCUACCCCUACCAAACCCUUGGGAAACGCCAAAGCACUAUGACUGUGGUGUCCCAGUACGAUAAUUUGGAGGAUUACCAUACCAUGCCUCAGCACCAAAGAGGGGGCUAUGUUGGAGGAGGGGGCUUUGUGCCCCCCAGUUUUACCCACGUGCACAGUAGAACUUACGCCACGGCCCUCGGCCAGGGAGCCUUCCUCCCCACGGAGCUGUGUUUGCAGAGGCCUGAAACAGAGGUCCACGUUGAGUGA